CUGCGCCUCGUCGCGCGCGCGCUCGGCCGCGGCCGCGCGCGCCUCGGCCUCCGCGGCCCGGGCAUCCGUCUUCGCGUCGCGCGCGCGCUUCGACGCCUCCCGCCGCAGGUCCGCCUCGAGCUGCGACACGUCGCCGCGCAGCGCGUCCCGCUCGCCCUCGACGGCCGCGAGGUCGCGCUUGAGGAGCGCGACCGCGUCGCCGACGUCCCGCUCGAGCGCCUCCUUGUGGCGCCGGCGGUGCUUCUCCUCGAGCUCCGAGUUCUUCCGGAUCUGGGCCGCGACCUGGCGGCCGAGGGCCUCGGCCUGGCGGCGGGCCGCGUCGCGCUCCUCGACCAGCGCGUCGCGCGCCUCGUCGGCGCCGCCGCUCGACGCGCC